AAACUUACCUGGCCGCAAGAGGGAAUCCCGAAUACAGUGAGGGUACAGUCUCCGGACCGAUUUUCUCAUCAUUAAUUCACAAAUCAUGCCCGGAAAAACUCUAGAUCCACCACCCCUACCAGAAGAAACGCUGGCUAAGUUGCAAGAUCUAGAUGAAGAGCUGAGAGACGAAUUAGUCACAGAAAAGGGCUACUGGAAAAGGAAAUGUAAACUGUUAAAGCCUUUAGUAUCCGAACAGAUUGCAAGUGACAUUGACAAACUGGAAGAGGAACUGAAAGAUGGAGAAAUCACAGAGAAAGGAUAUUAUGUUAGACUGAACACUAUUCUUAAGCCAGUGCUAGUUGUAAAGGAUAAUAUUGAAGUGCUAAAAAAUGAACAGUCACAAGACAACAAAAAAGAAACAGAAAAUGUAAAUGGAGAAAGCACCCAGGAAAAAAACGGGAAUGGGGCAUCAGGGAGCGUCAUUGACGAAAACAAAAACUUGAAUAGAGAAAAUGGGAAUGAAGUGUCAGUAUCAAAGGAGGAAGAUGCUGAAGUGUCCAAUGGAAACACGGUGGAGAAUGGGGAUGAAAACAAUGGAAACGAUGAUAACGAAACAAAAGAUACAGAAGAUGGAGGUGUUGCAGAAGUUGAAUUGGAAGAUAAAAACAAAGAUGGGGAUGAGGUGAUGGAGGUUGCCAGCGGCGACGAGACCACACCCAAAUCCAAAAAGAAGCGAAUCAACCGAGGAAGUGAGGGAACACCUACAGAUGACACCCCUGCGAAGAAGACACGCAAUAAGAAAGCAACCGCCAAUCAACCGUCAGUGCUAUCCAUGUUCUCCAAAAGUGCUAACAAGAGGAGUUCGUCUGAGGUGGUGGAGGUAAAGACAGAGGAGGAGGAGGAGAACCCUGAGCCAGAGGGCAAGAGACAGAAGACGGAGGAUGACUCAGCAGAAUCUCAUGAGAAUGGCUCAGGAGAUGUGAACCUCAUCAAACAGGAGGUGAUAAAUGAUCCCCCUGUCAAGGUCAAAGUCCCCCCCUCCAAGUGUAAGGAGUGUAAGCAGCUAUUGGAUGAUGCUGACCUCCGCCUGUUCCCAGGAGAUCCGGAUGAUGCUGUAGAAGAGUUCAUAAUGCUAACCGACCCUAAGCUGUCGGUGUUCACUGGUAACGAAGAAGAAAUCAGUGGCUAUGACGAGAGGCCUCAGCAUAAGCUUACUGAUUUCAGUGUGUAUGACAAGAAUACUCACCUGACGCCGUUUGACACGGGCCUCAUAGAGAAGAACAUAGAGCUCUACUUCAGUGGUGUUGUCAAACCCAUCUAUGAUGACAACUCGGGGCCCGAUGGUGGGAUCCGCACCUGUAAGAUGGGGCCCAUCAACGAGUGGUGGACAGCUGGAUUCGACGGAGGAGAAAAUGCCUUAAUUGGGUUUAGCACAGCGUAUGCGGAGUAUAUACUAAUGGCACCCAGUGAAGCGUACUCUCCUGUGAUGGAAACCAUGAAAGAGAAAAUACACAUGAGUAAAACAGUCAUCGAAUUCCUAGCCCGAAAUCAGGAGGCUACGUAUGAAGAUUUGCUUAACAAAAUUCAGGUGACGGUCCCCCCACAGGGUACCUGUAUCAGUAGCUUCACGGAGGACUCCUUACUAAGACACGCCCAGUUUAUUGUCAAUCAGGUGGAAAGCUAUGAUGAAGCCGCUGAUGAAGAUGAAGGCUUGCUGAUCACCACACCUUGUAUGAGAGCUCUGAUAAAACUGGCAGGUGUUACACUGGGACAAAGGAGAGCUAUAAGAAAACAGGCCCCACGCCUGAAGAAAGAAAAACCCACUCACACCAAAGCAACAACCACUCCGCUGGUGCGCACUAUAUUUGACCAGCUAUUCCAGGAGCAGCUGGAUGAGAAGGUUCUGUCUGAGGCCAGGAGACGCCGCUGUGGAAUUUGUGAGGUUUGUCAGCAGCCAGAUUGUGGAAAGUGUCCAGCGUGUAGGAACAUGGUGAAAUUCGGUGGACCAGGGACUUCAAAGCAAGCUUGUUUGAACAGAAGGUGCCCAAAUAUGGCUGUGAAGGAGGCUGAGGAAGACGAUAAUCUUGAUGAUGAUAUGGAAGAAGAAGAAAAAGAGAAGGAAGAAAAGGAGCCAGUGAAGAAACAUCGCGUAGCCAGAAGUCAAAAGACAAAACUAGAGUGGGUGGGUGAGCCCUGUCACACUGAGAAGAACAAAGAGUUCUACUCCGCUAUUAUGCUUAAUGAUGAAAAGGUGUGUAUCGGUGACUGUGUAUCUGUCAAGCCUGAUGACCCCAGCACACCUGUCUACAUCGCCAAGGUGGCCUACAUGUGGAAGGAUGGUAAAGGGGAGAAAAUGUUCCAUGCCCAGUGGUACUGUCGUGGCACAGAGACGGUGCUGGGUGCGGUGGCUGACCCUCUGGAAGUGUUCUUAGUGGAUGAAUGUGAGGAUUCCCUGUUUGCCUUUACCCUUGCUAAAGUCAAGGUGAUCUACAAAGCCCCAGCAGAGAACUGGUCUCAGUUAGGAGGGGUGGAAAACCCUGAUGAUGACCUUGUUGUCAAGGAGGAUGAUGGCAAGACCUUCUUCUAUCAGAAAUGGUAUGAUUCCGAGUUAGCCAGGUUUGAGGACCCACCUGUGGCAUUGUGCUCAGUGAAUGAAGAUAAGAGCCAUAGGUACUGUGCCACCUGUCAGAGGCUGGAAGAACUACGCAAGAGUGAAUCCCCUCAAGUUGGAGAUGAGGUAGAACCUGAGGAUGGAGACAAGAAUAAGGUGUAUUUCUCCAGCGUAGCUCGUGAUGGCCACACCUACAAAGUCGGGGACUGCUGUUACCUCAUGCCAGACGCUUUCACCUUCGCCGUUAAGCCAGCUGCACCCAAGAAACCCAAACAGGAGAAACGGGAGUUUGAUGAGGAUGCCUAUCCAGAGGUAUACAGGAAGUCAACAGAUUACAUCAAAGGAUCUAACGAGUUUGUCCCUGAACCAUUCCGCAUUGGUAGAAUCACCAAGAUCUUCUGUAAGCGCAACACCAACAGUAAAUUCCACAACCUCAGUGAGCUUAAACUGCGUGUGCAAAAGUUUUACAGACCUGAAAACACUCACAAAGGUGCUGUGGCAAGCUACCAGGCUGACCUCAACCUGCUAUAUUGGACUGAAGAAGAGGCGACAGUGCGAUUCUCAUUGGUGAAGGGGAAAUGUGUGGUGAUAUAUAACGACCUCUCCGACACAAAGGAUCAUUUCCACGAAUGUCCAGACAGAUUCUACUUCUCCGAGGCCUACGACAGUGAUGCCAAACAGUUUACUGAACCUCCUGAUUCGGCUAAGACUGUCGGCUGCAAAGGAAAGGGUAAAGGUAAAGGAAAGGGUAAAGGCAAAGGGAAGGCCAAGGUGGAGGAAGAGCCUACAGAAGAGAAAGCCAUACAAAAGUUACGUACCUUGGAUGUAUUCGCUGGUUGUGGAGGUUUGUCCGAGGGAUUUCACCAGGCUGGUAUAGCCGAGUCGCGCUGGGCCAUUGAGAAGAUGGACGCGGCUGCACAGGCAUUCCGUCUGAACAACCCGGGUUGCACUGUGUUCACGGAUGACUGCAACACACUGCUGAGACUGGUCAUGGAUGGAGAAGAGACAAACUCGAUGGGUCAGAAGUUACCUCAGCGUGGACAGGUGGAGCUGUUAUGUGGAGGGCCACCGUGUCAAGGUUUUAGCGGGAUGAACAGGUUUAACCAUAGGGAGUAUUCCCUCUUCAAGAAUUCCCUGAUUGUGUCCUACCUCAGCUACUGUGACUACUACAGACCACGUUUCUUCCUCCUCGAAAACGUUAGGAACUUUGUGUCAUUCAAGCGCAGUAUGGUGCUGAAACUUGCGCUGCGCUGCCUCAUCAGAAUGGGUUAUCAGUGCACAUUCGGUGUCCUGCAGGCUGGAAGUUACGGAGUAGCUCAAACCAGGAGAAGGGCAAUCAUCUUGGCUGCUGCUCCAGGGGAAAAGUUGCCCUUUUACCCAGAACCUCUCCAUGUUUUUGCACCCAAGGCUAUGUCCCUUAGUGUUAUGAUUGAUGACAAGAAGUACUCUUCAAACAUUAAGCGUAUGACGUCAGCUCCGUUCCGAACAACCACUGUUCGUGACACCAUGUCCGACCUCCCAGAAAUUAGGAAUGGAGCGAAGAAAGAUGAGAUCUCUUACCAGGGGGAGCCACAGUCACACUUUCAGAAACUCAUUCGUGGUGAUCAGUACCAGCCUAUCCUGCGUGAUCACAUCUGUAAGGAGAUGAGCGCUCUGGUCCACGCCCGCAUGCAGCACAUCCCCCUGGCCCCGGGCUCUGAUUGGAGAGAUCUGCCCAACAUUGUUGUGCGCUUGUCAGAUGGAACACACACCAAGAAGCUGCGCUAUACUCACCGAGACAAAAAGGCAAGCAAAUCUUCGGGUGGCGAGCUGCGUGGCGUCUGCUCAUGUGCGGAGAAUAAGCCAUGUGACCCGAUGGACCGUCAGUUCAACACGUUGAUCCCUUGGUGUCUUCCUCACACUGGGAACCGUCACAACCACUGGGCGGGGCUUUACGGUCGUGUCGAGUGGGACGGUUUCUUCAGCACCACGGUAACCAAUCCGGAACCAAUGGGAAAACAGGGCCGUGUCCUCCACCCAGAGCAGCACCGUGUCGUCAGCGUCAGGGAGUGCGCCCGUUCUCAGGGAUUCCCGGAUACCUACAGGUUCUUUGGUAACAUUUUGGACAGACAUCGACAGGUUGGAAAUGCUGUGCCUCCACCAAUGGCUCGGGAAAUCGGCCAUGAAAUUAAGAAAUGUCUAUUGUGGAAAAUGCAGCAGACGCCAGGAAUAAAAGAGGAGUCCUCGAGGAAAGAGAAUUGCGAAGCAGUUGUCAAGAAAGAAGAGAACUCGAAGAAUGGAGAUCUGAACAAUGAUAGCUCCGAACCAAAAGAGCAAGAAACAAAAGAUGGUGUUACAGAAGAUAAAGACACCAAAGAAGAGCAAAUGGAAACUGAGUGAAACUGAACAGAGAAAUAAAGCCAAUAAUGAAUCUAUUUUUUUAAUGGCUGAACUAAUGAAAAAACGAAUCUAACAGAGCAGAAUGAAUUUUAAAAAUAUUUACAGACCUACAUGAAAUUUGUACAGUCUUUUGCUCCACCAGUCAGCCUAUUUAAGAUGUGGCAAGGUUUAAAUUAUCAGAUACCUGUCAUGUCAGUCAUUGUCAUCAAGAAUUGUGAAGUAAUGCAUUGUGAUUGAUGUUGAAUGUCUCUUUUAUUUGCCACAAAUUAACUUGUUUUAUCAUGCCAUUUUCAAGUUAAAUGUUUAUCUCAAAUGUUUUAUG